CCCCGCCCCGCCCAGUUAACAGACGGGCGCUCAGUGAGCUGUGAAGCUGUUGGAGGAGUUGGCGUCUGGGGAGCAAGGGCUAUGGCCACCGUGCGGGAGAAGGCUGCUGCGCUGAACCUCUCGGCUCUUCACAGUCCUGCGCACAGGCCUCCCGGUUUCAGUGUAGCUCAGAAGCCAUUUGGAGCCACGUAUGUAUGGAGCAGCAUCAUAAACACUCUUCAAACACAAGUGCAAGUGAAAAAACGAAGGCACCGUUUAAAACGGCACAAUGACUGCUUUGUUGGUUCAGAAGCUGUGGAUGUCAUUUUUUCUCACCUAAUUCAGAAUAAGUAUUUUGGUGAUGUAGAUAUUCCUCGGGCCAAAGUGGUGAGAGUGUGUCAAGCACUUAUGGACUACAAAGUAUUUGAAGCAAUUCCAACCAAAGUCUUUGGAAAAGACAAAAAACCUACAUUUGAAGAUAGUAGUUGCAGCCUGUAUAGAUUCACCACAAUACCUAACCAAGACAGUCAGGCAGGCAAAGAGAACAAACUAUGUUCACCUUCCAGGUAUGCAGAUGCAUUAUUUAAGUCAUCCGAUAUCAAAUCAGCCAGUUUAGAGGACCUGUGGGAAAAUCUGAGUUUAAAGCCUGCCAACUCCCCUCAUGUAAAUAUCUCUGCAACCUUGUCUCCACAAGUUAUUAAUGAAGUGUGGCAAGAAGAAACAAUUGGGCGUCUACUACAACUUGUAGAUCUUCCACUUCUUGACUCCUUAUUGAAACAGCAAGAGGCUGUACCUAAAGUUCCUCAAUCUAAGAGGCAGUCCGACAUGGUCAACAGCAGUAACUAUCUGGAUCGAGGGAUUCUCAAGGCUUAUAGUGACUCUCAGGAAGAUGAGUGGCUCUCUGCAGCAAUUGACUGUUUGGAAUACCUUCCAGACCAGAUGGUGGUGGAAAUAAGCAGAAGCUUUCCUGAGCAACCAGACCGAACAGACUUAGUGAAAGAACUUCUGUUUGAUGCCAUUGGCAGAUACUACAGUAGUAGGGAACCUCUGUUAAAUCACUUAUCUGACGUUCAUAAUGGAAUUGCAGAACUCUUAGUGAAUGGGAAGACGGAAAUAGCUUUAGAAGCUACCCAGCUCCUUCUAAAGCUUUUAGAUUUCCAAAAUAGAGAAGAAUUUAGAAGACUGCUGUAUUUCAUGGCUGUUGCAGCAAAUCCUUCUGAGUUUAAAUUACAGAAAGAAAGUGACAACCGAAUGGUUGUGAAAAGGAUAUUCUCAAAAGCUAUUGUUGACAAUAAAAAUUUAUCCAAAGGCAAAACAGAUCUUCUGGUACUCUUUUUAAUGGAUCAUCAGAAAGAUGUUUUUAAGAUUCCUGGAACUCUACAUAAAAUUGUAAGUGUUAAGCUUAUGGCCAUACAGAACGGAAGAGAUCCAAAUAGAGAUGCAGGAUAUAUUUACUGCCAGAGAAUUGAUCAACGUGACUAUUCCAACAGUACGCAGAAGACAACCAGAGAUGAGCUGUUGAAUUUAUUAAAAACUAUUGAUGAGGAUUCAAAACUUUCUGCCAAAGAGAAGAAAAAAUUGCUAGGUCAAUUCUAUAAGUGUCACCCAGACAUCUUUAUUGAGCAUUUUGGAGACUGAGUUUUUAAUGUCUGUAUAUAAGUUGUGUAUUUUAAGAAUAAAAUUAUGUAUCCUAAAUAUCCAAUCACAUUUGUAAGCUUGGCAGCUCUAAAUAUGAAACUGUACUUAAUAAAAAUUUUUUUGUAUAA